CCGUCUCCCCCCCCCCACUCUCCUUGCCCCAUCGCCUCUCGCUUGUUGCCUUGCCCGCGCGCCCGGCGCCCUCUCCCCCUCCGCCGUACGCGCCUGCCCCCGUGCUCCCCCCUUCUGUUCGAGGCACCCACCGAGGAUGGCCUUUCGUGUGCCACCCCCGCCCGCGUCCGUGCACGCACCGCGGCGGCGCCCGGCGCAGGAGGCCUCCCGCCCGGCGGUGCCCGGCGCCGAGUCCGACUCCAAUGCCUCCACCUCCAAUGUCUGGCGUGGCAUGGUGUCGACCUUGAUGUCGGCUUUGGAAAAUGUCGCAACGCUGGACCCGGCGGCCUCGGGAUCGCCUCGACCCGCCGGUCGACCGCCCCUGGCCCCGGGUGCCCCUGGGUUCGAGCCUCGUGUGUCCAGCUUGUCCCUCUCACCCGGAUCGCCAUCCGUCGGCCUGUCUAGCCUGGCCCUGCACCCGCAGUCGGGCGCCUCGUCCAGUGGCGAACUAUCCGAGGAUGACGGCUCCGAGACAGCACCGGGCCGUAGCCGGGCCUUCUUCCGGUCAAUGCGUCGGCAAAGCACCAGCCUAAUCGGCAACAUUGUCCACGCACCACAGUUCAUCGUCAGCUCCACCAGUCAGCGUCUGUUCAAUGCUGGAAAGCGGGACUUUGCCGAGACUGUCGAUGUUGAGGCUGCCGGUCCGGUCACUGGCACCCUGUUGGACCUACACUACUCGCCGAUGCCCAAUGCAGGCACCGGCAUGAAUACCGGCACCGGCUCCGCGCAACUGCCCGCCAGCCCCAGCCGCCCUGACCGCCUGACCGAUGACCUGAUCCUGGCAUCACCAGCGAAGCGUCAGCGCAAUCAGGACACAACGUCCGCCGGUCGCACCGGCUCCUCUCGGCCACAGUCACGCCUCUCGCGCCUGUCACGGCACAUCACACACUCGCUGGCGGCCGUCGGUGGGGGGCUAACUCCCUCGGCCGGGCACCCGGUCGGCCUGGGCGUCGCCCCCACCUCCUCCGGAGCCCCCUCCCGCAGCACCGAUCCCGCCGGCGGGUCUUCCCUUCAUCUGCAUGGGCUCCCGGGGCUGGGUUUCACUCGGCGUCUGCUGUCCUUUGACAGGGGCACCACCAUCGCCACUGAUGUCGCUGGCAGUGCCGCCAUCACCGGCACGGCCAUCUCGACCAUGGGUCCUGCCGACUCGGAUGACGACUCGGAUGAUGAUCUGGACGACUUUUCCAUCGACUUCGCGCUGCAAGAGACGCUCGAUCUGGCCGCGCGGGGCCUGCUCGAUGAUGAGGCCCUCGGCCUGCGCAUGGCCCAAAUCAACCAGCGCGCGCGCAGCCGGCGUCUGGCCCGCCGCCCGCCACCUGGCCCGCUGGCCGCCCCGGCUCCGGCCCCAGCCCCGGCCCUUGCCCCGUCCGCCCCGCGGACCGACCAAUGCCUGCUGAGCUUCUCGCCGAUGCUCAACACCCGGUCGGUGGCAUUCCCGCCCUCUGCCGGGCCCAUGUCCCCCUCAAUGGGUCUCUUUGAUCCGAUCACCUCGGCCAGCUCGGCGCCCAGCGUCUCGUCCGAUCUGCUGCAAUUGGCGGAUGUCUUCUCAACGAGUUCGACCAGCUCGGCUCCAAUGGCAUCCGGUGCCUUCCCCACCGGGUCCGAUAUGCUGAUUGACUUUUCUUCGCCCCUCCCCUGCCGGCAGCCCCCAGGGGCAGAGGCCGGCCCGGUCACACAUCAGCCGGCUCCACUUUUCGAGCCAAUGGCCAGUAAGCCCCCCGCCUUGACUGCUCCAGCUUCUCCCGCGGCAGGUGCCCCGGCUCCGCCGCCACCGCCACCGCCACCGCCGCCGCCACCGCCGCCGCCUCCGCCUCCGCCUCCGCCGCCUCCGCCGCCCCCUGGGCUUGGCGGGGUCACGAUGCCCAUGUCCCCGGGUUUGGAUUCGCAGAAUUCCGUGCUUAUGAUGAAGCGCUUGCAGCAGCGUCUGAAUGCACGUAUGGCCCGGCGCUUGGCACGUUCUUCCAACCGGAAUGCCGAUGAGGUGGAUAAUGGCGACGAAGCAAAGUACCGCAAUUGGGUGGAGAUCCAGUCCCGCGGGCGGAAGAUCUCCAUCGAAGCCUUCGAGGAAAUGGCCCAGGCCGAGCGCUCACAUGUCUUCUCGGCGGCCACAAUUCUACGCGACGAGAAGUUCAACCCGUCGUCUGUCGGUCUGCCCCGCCUCUCCGAGCUGGUAUUGGUCUUGCAGUCAGCAUCCAGCUGGUUUGCCGGCGGCUCGCGCGAACUUGCAACUGUUGUCCCUGGCUGGGCCAAGAUCGAGUCGCGCCUGGACGACCUGUCGCAGUUCAUCCAGGUGUCCAGCGACAUGCAGGCCUUCGUGCAGUCAAUCCUUGGCGGAUCCUCACUUGGCGGGGAGUCGCUCAUGGUCAGCACCGAGAGUGCGGGAUUCAGUGGCGCACUGUACACUCUGUCGGCUGGCUCCUUUGGCACGGCUCCCGGCUCCGGUGGCGCCCCUGCCAGCAGCGCCAAUCCCGGCGCCGACCUGUCGCGCCUUUCCUCUCUGUUGACGGCCAAGAUCCAGCGCUGGGGCGAUGCAUUGGCCACCUCCGCCGCGGCCUGGCGCGACAAGCAGCUCCCGGUGGCUUGCUCUUCUCUGUCACUCACACGCCUCAGUGUCGACAGCGUUGUCAUCGGGUGCCUGGAGCAGCUGGCCGGCCAUGCGGCGCGCGUGCUGCAUGGAUCGACCGCCGGGCCUGGUGUCCUGGCGCAGCUCGCCAUAGCCAGCCCCGCACCCGGCUCCGGCGGCGGCGGCGGCGGCGGCGGCUUCGACCCUCUGGCCACUCCUCCACCACCGGGGGGCGUUACCCGGCUCGCUUCGCCCGGUCUCCCGAAGAUCGAUGUGCACCUGCAGCGGCGCUGCAAUGAGCUCCUGCAGCUUUUGGCCAACAUCAUCAGCGAUGUCGGGCAGAAGUAUCACCAAUUGGUGGGUGCCCCGUCGGCUGCGGUUUGCCAUUACCUGCUGGGGUUCGCCAUUUCACAUAUGCGCCUGUCGCUGGCCCUCUUCGAUCGACACAUCGCCCUGCGUGGAAACACCGCCCGAGUGAUGGCGCACUUUGACCAGAUCCUUCGCAUGCUGGCCCCCAUCCGCCAGGUGUGCAAGCCUUGGCUCGAUGGGGUUGGCCCCGGGACCGCGGUGGCCGGCUGGCAUGUUGAUUGUCCAGGAACUCUGGCGCUCCUGCGCGGGCGCGACAAUCCGGCUGCCACUCUCGAGGCGGCUGGCUGUUGCUCCGGAUGGUCAACCACCAGCGCCACAUCUGACGGCGAGGCAUGCUGCGGCCGGAAUGGCCUGUGUACCGGCACCGCCGGCCCCGAUGCCGGGGAUGAGGCCUGCGGCGGGGCCGACACCUUUGCCCUGCUAACGCGACUGUUGGCCGGUUCUUGUGGUGACAUGGCCGUGCGUUUGCUUCAGCUCCCCGGCCCGCACAUUGAAAGUGAGGACGAGGAUGCCGAUGUGAAUUGGUUGACCGCCGGGCCGGGGCUCAGCCAGAUGAUUGAGACCUUCUCCUCGGCCAUGACGGAUUCCUGCCUGCGACUUUGCGAGUUCGUGACAAAUCCCCCGGCGGGGUCUUUCGCCCAGCAGCACCGGCUCCUGUCUCCCACACGCGGCACCGGGGCCGACGACAUUGCCAUCUGGCUGGUCUUCUGUGUGAAGUAUGUCAACCAAAUCAUGCAGCUUGGGCAGAUGGCCGGAGCCUUGGCGGCCGGCCGCGUGGGGGGUUCUCGCCGGGGUGGCGGCACCUCGGUCGGCUCCUCCGGAACCGACGCCACCAUGGCCCCAUCGGAGAAUGAAGCUCGCAUGGGGAAUAUGAUGCGCCAGCUGAUGGCCAUGGAGAACCUUCUGCCAACUUGAGUGGGUUCCCCCCCCCCCCCCCUCCCCC